AUGGAAAUGAAUGAUCAAAACACUGCACACGAGUCCAGCUCCAGAGAUGACCCUCACUGGGUGGAGGAACUCUUCCCUCCUCGUUUCACUUUCCAAAACCUGCUGGAAAACCAGACCAACACAUACAAACAAUGCAGCAGCUCAGUGAAACCACCUUCAGCCUUCUCCACAGACAUAGAGGAAGCCCACAGGAGCCACAGAAGGGAGAUAUACCUGAAAGCUUUGAAAGAGGUUCAGCAAACUGAGCAACAGCACAAGAAGGAGGCCCUAGAGAAGAGAAUCAUUAGGCCUGUCCAUGAAGGAGAGACCUCUGAAAAUCCUACCGACCAGAGCGAGACUGCGGGACAGAGGUGCAUUUGGAAUGAGAGAGACAUCACCAAACUGCGGGCUGGUUUUGAAGAAGUAGAGAGGGACAGAUGGAGACUAACACGACAGCUCAGUUGUUCAGAGCAGCAGCUUAAAGCAGAACAUGAGGAAAGGAUGAAGCUGCAAGGCCUGGUGGAGAAGCUGGAGGAACAAUUAAGCCUUUCCAAAAAAAAGGCUGCGCGUCAAGCCCUCAUGAUAAAUGAUCUGAAGUCAGAGAGCCAAAAAAUGAAUGCUCAGUUACAUAAGCGGACUAUACAGGUCAGGGAAACGGAAGAAGAGGCAGACAGGUGGAAGACAAGUCUGAGGAAAGCAAAAGAGGACAUGCAGCAGAUCGCGCAGGAGCGCUCCAACCUCGCAUGGGAACUGGAAAGAGCGCAAGCGCAAUUGAAAUCUGAAGGACACAGACUGGAAAAAGCAGCUCGGAUCGAAAACGAGGCUGUGCUCCUGAGGCUUCAGAGAGAGGUGGAGCAGACCCGAGCUGACCUGUGCGCCGAGAAAGAGAGUCAUGCACGGAGCCGCACGGCCCUCGAGCUCUUACGCAGACACUUUAGCAGCCAAUAA